AUGGCGAAGCGCUCUAAGCGCGGACUGGAAGCCCUUUGCGGCAACAGGGCCGGCGGCAGCAGGGCAGCUGGGCAGCCGGGCAGCCAUGUCGUGAUGGGCCAUGGCCAUGGACGAUGGGUGGACGACGGGCGGGCGGCGGGCUCGAUGGGUGGGAGUGCAGAGCAGCGGGCUGCCAGCCUAAGCCAGUAUGGAUGUAGUAGUAGUAGUAGUAGUAGUGGUGGUGGUAGUAGCCAACAGCCCGCCAUGGACGUCAUGCACUCAUGCGUCCGCCCACGCCGUCGCUGGACGAGAGAGAGCCCCGACAGGCUGCAUCGAGGCCGCCGCUGGGCCAAGUGCAAGUGCAAAGGCGGCAUGGGAUGGCAUGCCUCGACGACGGCCUGCUAA